UGAAAAAUAUAUUAAUGGUUGUUCGUUUCUCCGUUAUUGAAUUUUUUUUUCCUCAAUUGAUUGAAAUGUUCGUUGGACGUAAUCUUGAAAAAGUGAAAUGUAAUAAGAAAGGGCAGGGUCGCUUGCAAAAGUUUGUAUCGUGAAUUGAAAUAUACGUACUGGUUUAUUGUUUGCGCUGUUUUAAAUAUGUAUCUAUAAUUUGAGUUCAGGGUGUGCCUGGUUACGUUUAUAGUUAGUAAAUCUCAGGCUGUGUCUCAAUUUAAAGAGCACGCAAUUGUAUCUUGCUCUUUUCAGGUAGACAAAUGUUACCUAUGCCCUUCGCUCAUGCUCCAGAAGUAAUGGUAAUUAACUUAAGUCAAUAAUGGCUCCAUUGAAACCACGCUUGAAUUCAACCAACCCAGGUGGUCGGAAUGUCGGUGCGGGCUCCCGACUGAACCAGUCCAGGAUGAGGCUAGCGAUGAACAGUGUUUCCGGGAGCGGUAGUAGAAACAAGUCAACCUUAUAUGGGAAGGUUGUUAAGAGAAAUAGCAGCCACUUGCUGCGCAAAAACAAUGUUGCGCUGGCCAAGGCGCUGAACACUGCGAAGCAGCAGAACGCGGAACUGAACACACUCGUGAUGCAGUACCGCGAGAGGCUGCACGUCUCAGAGCGACUGGUGCAGGAGUACCAGGAUUUCAGGCGGGACAUGCGGGCCUUGUUCGACCAGUACCCGCAGAGGGUGGUCGACCAGAACGAGAGCGACUAUUCGUCCACAGAGCCGGCUUCGCAAGCUCCUCUGCUGCCCAGGACGGAGCGCAAGAGCAGUUCUGAUCGUUCAGAAUACCAGGCUGGCGUCAGAGCCCGCCGACGGUGCGGGGCGCGUGUUGCAGAGGCGAGGACGCAGCUGGUGAACCCCAUGGUGCAGGGCAUGUCCAUCAGCAAGGUGAAGGUGUGUCUGGAGCGCAUCAACGACGUGCCUCGGUCCCGCCCGCUGUCCCUGCGGGAGCCCGGCUCGGGCCCCGCCUACGCCCCAGAACCCAACCAGCGAGCGUCCCUGCAGGAAGCAGCUGUGCGGAGUUCACCUGGCGUCGCCGCCCGAUCACAGCGGCAGGAUGAGUCUCGCAGCCCCGUCAAUGACGACAUCACAAUGGACUUUACAAUGGUUCAACAACUGAGGCCAUCUGGGGGACAAUUUGUUAACUCUCUCCGUGUGCCGUCGCUGACGCUCCAGCGCCUCUCCCUGCAGGACAUCCAGCGCACGACCUCCGCCCACCUGGACGAUGCCGUGGUCGAGCUGUCGACCGAAGCCCAGUCCCCCCAGGACCGGUCCGGCUCUGUCCAGUUGAAGCAGAGCAUUUACCUGGCCGAGGGGGACAGCGUGACGUCUCGCCAGAGCGUGCAUGAGGCGGCGAGCGGGGAGCAUGACGCAAUACGAAACCCCGAGUUGCCGAGCGAUGGGGGCGGUCAGACUGAGCAGUCGCCCGCAAACAACCCGUUGGAGGGCAGCAGCUGGAUGUUUGACAACAACUGUGUGUCCAGGAGGAUAAAAAUGAGAGACCGCAGAUCCAAGCGGAAGAGAUACUCGGUGAAGACGUUGGCGGCCAAGGAGAGCUUCAGCGAUGCGGUGUUCGGGAACUUGGCGUCGCCGAAGAGCGACGAGGAGGCGGCCCCCCAGGACAUGUCGCUGACGCUGUGCCUCCCGGCGCCGGCCGCCUGCCCCCGCGGGCUGCUGGAGCCGGUGAGGACGAAGGCGUCCGUCAGGCCCCGGAGGGAGGACGUGGAGGCCGUCUCGCCCGUCGCCGCGGAGAGUGCGGGGCGGUCCCCCACGGUCGCCCUGACGAGGCUCUUCGAGGCGGACCUGUACCGCCUCCCGCCGGCGGAGGGGGGGGACGGCAGCGACUCCGACGAGGACAUCUGCAUCUCCCUGCCGGGGUUCAUCUGCACGGCCCCGCCCGCCGAGAGCCCGCGCGCGCUCGUCGACGUGUCGUCAGGAUCCGAGAAGCACGCGUCUGAACUCGCGAAGGUAGUGCUGAAGAGAGUUGACGGCGACGUCAGUGGAGAGAGGCCAGCUGACGUGAGACCAGCUGUUACGGACGACGUGGCGGAUGAAGCCAAGUCGGUCGGCGAAGAAGCCAAGCCAGUUGAUGCAGGGAUCCCAUCUGUUGCAGAGAAGCCAGCUGACGCAGAAACCCCAGCGGCGGUGGUCAAGCCGUCUGUCAAAAAGAGCAGGGGCAAAAGCCGUUGCAGAAGAACAAAUUCAAGAAUUGAACAAGCUCCGGAGCUGCAUCUGCCGACGCGCCAGGCCAAGAAGUCGGGUCCAGGAGUGUACAAGGAGCCCCCGCUGAACAGUAAACUGAGGCGGUGACGCAAGUGUUACGGACUGUUGACAUCGUUUGCAGAAGUCUUAUAAAAUAAUUUGGUUGUUGUUUUGAUUAAUUUCAUGUUGCUUUAAAUAUAUUUGUAAAUUUUCAGUCAGUUUUUAAGGUAUAAAAUGUAAGUUUAAUUUUGAAAGAAUUUUUUUUAUUAAAACAAAUUAUUUGUAUAUAUGUUAUGCAUACAAAAUAUAAUGUUAUUCCUGCUUUUAUGUUAACUGUUGCAAUGUUGCAUAUUUUGAAAAGUUUAUUAGGGACAAAAAAUUUUAAUCCAUGACUAAUAAUUUGGAAUUCUUUUAGUUAAAAAAAAAUUUUGUUUUGUGUUUUUAAAUAAACCUACAGCGAAACCCCUUAUUUACGUUACCGUUAUUUACGUUUUCCCGUUAUUUGCACUAUAUUCUUCAGGUCCCGUUUGGUUCCUAUAUAGUCCAAUACAAUACUUUCCCGCGAAUUACGUCUCAAAAAUCGAAUCAAUCCCGCUAUUUACGUCACGUAACAACCAUAAACAACCAGAAAAUACCGUGGAGCUAGUAGGCAAUGAACAUUUUAAAUAGCAAAAUAUACAUAUUUUAUAACAUGAAAAGUUGCUUUUAUUUCUAAACAUGUAAUAAUUUAAGCCUAGGCGUGUAAAAGUACGAGUAAUUAUAGCAGGAGACAAUCUAAAAUGCACGAGGGAAAAACGUAAACUCAUGAAUGUACAAACAUGGCUGCUUGUAAGUUCUGAUACUGUAUUUAUGUCACAACUUAGCCGAAAUACUGGUACGAGACAUAAACUUCACAAGAUAAAAUGAGCGGUGUCUUGGUAACUGUUUUAUACGUCUUUUAUAAUUUGGGAAGUGUUGUACAGUUGACGCCAUAUUUUUUAAACUAACCAUUUAUUUCUGGGGAUCGUAAAUAAUUAAUUAUUGGUAUCAAGACAUCAUGAUAAACGUAAACUUGAACAUGUCACGGCAGCGAGAAAACUGGUGCGUAUACCAAUAAACUGGUAUUAUAACUGGAUAAAAUUGGUACACGGGAGGUGGAGCUUAUAUUUUUUUCCGCUAAGCUCGCAUCUAUUGGUUGGCGGCUGAUGGCGUCAUGAGUCAUGAGUCUGGGCGGAGCAUAGAGUGCGCAUGCGCCGCCGCGUCGUUACAGCAGCUGACCGAGUACAAUGACCUUUCUCCGCGUUUGGCGCGCUAUUGACGGUAAAUAUUCAACAAUUUGCGGCCUUUUCUUAAAAAAAUUUUUACUGUGAGCAAUGUGUAUGUAGCCCGUAUUUGUUAUAAACCCUGCCGGUUGCAACUGUAUUUAUAAUUUGGAGAGGCAAAUAAUCUUGAACAGCCAAAAAAGCAAGCAGAAGAAAAUUUCAAAUUUAUUUUUAGGAAGUAAUCAGAAAAACAUUUUGGCUUUCAUUCUUUUUUUUAUUUUUGUCAAAUGUGGUAAAUUAAUAAUGGAUGAAAUACUAAAGUAAAAUUUGUUGUUAGUGUGUUUGUACCUGCAUUGUAGUAUGUGCUAUUAAACAAAAGGAAAAAAAUUCUAAAUAAGGUAAACUGUACUCCUUUUUAUACUUUUCCCUUUAUUUACACUUUCCCGCUUUUUACACUUUUUUACUUUGUCCCCAUGAAAAGUGCAAAUAAGGGGUUUUGCUGUAGUAAUGUUAAUUCUUGUCUCUAAACUUUUGUCAGUCACAUGGCAUGACCUAAUACAUAGUCAGUUUUUGUGUGUGUGUAUUAAGUAAACAUUUUCGAAUAUUGUUUCGUAUGUUUACAAGAACAGUUGUAAAUUUUACUGUUUUGAAAUUGGGUGUUGAAGUUUGCAUGUUUGAGCUUUUAAUAAUACUUAAUUUGUUGUAAACAAAAUACACUGUCAAAUUGCACAUUGUUUUGUUUGUGCUUUAUAUUGUACACUGUAAUAAAUACUGAAUUUACCAGAAUAGAGACCGAAGUUUUUAUUUUUUAA